AUGCAACAUGCUAAUGAUACGCGAUGCGUGGGCCUGUUUGCGAGUGCCCAGUCGUUUGAGCUGCAUGUGCUGAGGAUGCUGCUGGCCUUGGAAGGCAUGCAGCUGGCGAGGGUGAGUUUUCGCCGGUUUGAUGAGUUCAAGGACGCCAUGCGCGUGUGGUAUGAACGGGAGCGCUUUGAGCGCUGGACUGUGGGCUUGGGAUGUAUCGAGUUGUGCAAUGACGAGACAUUGCUGGAGUUCAUUGUAGCGUUCGUGUAG